AGGCUCUUUGUUUAUAGUAUAAAUAGUAUCGAGAGAGUCAGAACGGAUCAGUUCUAUUGUGGAUUCUGGGUAGUUAGUAACAUAUGCAAAGCAUACAUCGUGAGGUGCAUUGGAGUUUCUUGUACUCGGCAUGUGGUAGCAGCGGCAGCAAGGAUCAGUAUCAUAGGAGUUCAAUUAGUUUUCUGAAUCCCUACGGCAGUCCAAGCGUGUACUGAGAACAAUAAUUGAAUCAGUGAGGAUUAUUCGGGAGCAGCUAUGACGCGGUUAGCCGUCCUAUUGGCAUUAUGCACAAUGUGCAGAGUAAAUUUGGCACAAAAUGGAUAUAAUUACGACAGACCCGACUCAGGUUUGGGCAUUGGCAGCACCAGCCGACCAGGUUUCCCAGGAACUAGUCCUGCCGGAUACCCAUCACCGUCCGGAUUUGGCGGUGUGGCCGGACCAACUACGCCCGCUUAUCAGUUCGGGAGUACCGGCUACCCUUCCGGUAGACCUUCUGGGCCUGGAUUUGGACAACCUGGCUCUGCAGGUCCUACUGGAAGUGCAGGAUACCCUGGUGCCGGGCAACCUGACUUUACCGGAACGGGUUCAUUCCAAGGAGCACCUGUUGGAGGAACUGGAUUCGGUGGCGUAGGAACUGGAGCUGGUUUUGCUGGAGACAAUGCCGGAUUUCCAUCAAUUGGAUCUCGACCUACUAGUGGAGGUGCUGGCCAGCAACGACCAACUAGUGGUAUUGGAGCAGUACCAACAGGUGCAUCUGGAGCAGUUGGAGACUCUGCUGGUCGUCCUGGUUCUCCCAGUAAUGAUGGCCAAUAUGAGGGCGGUGAUUACUCAGCUAUUCCUGGUGAGCCUGGAGUAGAUUAUCCUAUUUUCUCUGAAAUUCCGGAAACUUCCUUCGAUUGCAAACAGCAACCUUACCCUGGUUAUUAUGCUGAUGUUGAAGCUCAAUGUCAGGUAUUUCACAUAUGUGCGUUGAAUCGUACAUUUAAUUUCCUAUGUCCCAAUGGUACGAUCUUCAGUCAGGAGCAUUUCGUAUGCGUCUGGUGGAAUCAGUUUGACUGUUCUAGUGCUCCAGGGCUGUUUGAGAAGAACGCAAAUCUGUACGACAACCCGCAAGGAAGUCGGUCACCUUCAGAUGGCUACCCAGGAGCUCAACCGGGAACUGCUCCAGGCAUCGGAGGCCCAACUGGUCCUACUGGAGGAGGAGCACCAUAUCCCGGAAGACCUCAAGGUGGACGUCCAUCAGGUGCUCCUAUUGGUGGCUUGCCAGGAGGCGCCCCAAUCGGAAUUCCAGGAGGAUCUCCUGUUGGACCACCUGGUGGAUCAUCUCUUGGACCACAGGGAACUGCCCCAGGAUAUCCAACUGGUCCAGCCGGUGGAUACCCUGGUGCUCGCCCAACAGGGGGAUUCCAGCCAGGAGGCCAAAUUCCAUCGAAUGUGCCAACCGGAUAUCCAGCUGCGGGAGCCCCAACGGGCCCUGCUUUCCCUAGUGGACCAAGUCAGCAAGGAUACCCAGCACCAGGCCAGCCAGAUGGUCAGUUUUCUCCAUCCCCACAGCUCCCGACACGAGAGUAUCUUCCUCCAAGACAAGGGUGAAAUUGCACAGUAUGUUGAUUAAUUAACAGGUACGGGCUACUUAUUUAUACUAGGAUAAUCAUUAUUCACAAGAACGAAAUGCUGCUUGCUAAAGUGGUAUAUUAGCAAGCAUGCAUAUGUUAUACAAAACAUAAUACCUAUAAAUUUUACCAGUGCUAAGAAAAUUGAUCCUCCUAAAUGAAUUCAAGCAGAAAAGAAUAAAAAAAAGAAUCCAACUGCAUUUUACUAACGGGGAUUUGACAUAUUAAUACAUACAUAUUGUGAGCAGUGCAAUGCAGCAGGUGCAUUAGGUAACUUAUUGUAUAUUUGUAAUUAUCUACAUUUUUACUUGAAAGCCAUUGUGAAUACUCACUAGCAACCGAUAUUGCAAUAAAACGAAAGCAUGACAUAAUCGA